AACGUCCUCAUAGUCAUACUCAUGUUUAAGAAAAAGUCAAAUUUCUCCGAAAUUUUAUUUAUUUAUGCUUCAUUCCACAAUCUGAAUAUUUUAUAUUUUACAUUUCUAUUUCUAUUUCUAUUUAUACAUGUCAAAUAAUCCAGCUUCCUCCUCGAAUAUCUCUCGGUCUCUCUUUCUCUCUUCAUUUUUGAAGAAUCAACUUCCAUAAUAUUAAGCCACACAAAUAUAAACACCGACUUUGGAGGAUAAAGAUUGAUUUUCUAUUUUUUUUGUGAAAAUUAAUUUGUUGAGAAAUCAAUCAAUCAGAGAGAGAGCUUGACGCCUGAGCGAAUCGGAUCAAAUCGUAUCUUUCUUCUUCUUCGAUGGACUCUGAGUUCUGGACCUCCCGCCUCGCCGCCGCCAAGCGCCAGUACACGUUGCAGCACCAUCACCAGAGCUCCCACUUUGAUCGGUUAAGCAUCGAUGAUUUCGAGGUUGAAGACGAGGUCCGACCCGACUUCCCGUGCCCGUAUUGUUACGAAGACUUCGACAUCGCGUCCUUGUGCUCACACCUCGAAGACGAGCACUCGUGCGAAUCUAAAGUCACCGUUUGUCCCAUUUGCUCUGUUAAAGUUGCACGGGACAUGUUAAGUCAUAUCACACUGCAACAUGGACAUUUGUUCAAGUUGCAGAGACGUCGCAGGUUACGUAGAGUUGCUAUUCCUAACAGUCAGGCACUGUCCCUCCUUGGCCGGGAUCUUCGUGAGGCUCAUCUUCAGGUGCUUCUAGGGAGUGGUGGAUAUCGAUCAGACAAUGCUAAUGUGUCUAAUGCUGCUACCGAUCCAUUCCUGUCAUCACUUAUUUUGAAUUUCCCUGCAUCAGGAGCAGAUGAAAUUUCAAAAUCUGUGGUAACCACUGCUGAGGACAUUUCUGCAAAGAAUGUGGCACCGGCACAUAUUUGGAAAUCAAGUUUUGAUCCGUCAUUGAGUUAUGAAGAGAGGGCGAAAAGGAUUCGACAAGCUACUGGAAGAGCUGGUUUUAUGCAAGAUCUGUUUCUCUCGACACUGUUAGGUGACUAAUGGAGACAGUAAGUUUGUUUCUAUAAAAAUAAAAAUGAGUUAUUCAAAAUCUUAUGAUGGCGGUUCUUGUUGGGUGGGAUUCUAAUGGUUUUACCUUCUAAAACAACCCAAUACAAUACCUGCCUCAUACGAGUAUUUCAGCAGCAGCAGUAUGAGUGCUUGAUUAAAAUAACCUGUCUUUUAUUAAGCACCUUUCCUUCAGAUUCAGAAUGUAAUGCAGUCUGAAGAAACAUUGAUUUCUUUAGUCAAUGGAGAACCUUAAUUUUAUGAUAGUUAGCUUGUACAUGAUAAACAAACGGGUGAAUGUGUAAGUUUCCAGCAUAGCAAAAGUCGCAAUUGGUUCCAGUUGAAGCAGAUUAAUUGAAUUCUGAUGAUCAAAGUGAACUUUUUAAAUUUGAAAACAAAAUGUUGUUUCUGCA